AUGGCUGAAGGUUACUUUUCGACGAUGGAGCUGCUUGCAAGAAGAACUGACAGAGACGUCAAGUCACAGCAAGCACGGCAGGUGGACCUGGAGCAGGAUCUGCUGCGUCUCCUUGCGGGAACAGAGCAGUGCGGCUUGGGUCGGCAUCUGGAGGAGCAGCGGAAGAAGCAAGGGAUGCGCGCCCUUGCAGUGCUGAUCGGGCACCACCAGAUCCUCAAUGAGCCGGCAAACUUCAACUCCUGCACCCUUGGACUCUAUCCCUUGAGGAGCUUCAUGUUCCUGGACAAAGCGGCCUUUUCGGCUUUGAAUGUGCUGCCAAGGCCGGAAGAGAGCCAGAGCAAGUUUGCUCCCUCAAGAGACGUGACGUGGCUUGAAAACUUCACCAUGAUGAUGCGCGCCCUCCUUGCCAUCCUGUCGGUGCUGGCGGAAGGACUGCGCGAGGCCCGGCUCGAAUCGAACCACUCCGCCGUGCCCUCCUGUGAGACGUGGAGCAAGAAAAGCAAGGCGUACAAAGCAGAGCACGACGAUCCGUGCGAAAGUUAUCUCAGCACGCUAAAGUGCUGCCAUGGGAAGUGCAUCUUCAAACAGCAGAAUUGCCCGAUUGUCUCGGCAUGGGGCUUCUUUGAUGACAGCCCGCUGUCGUGCAGCAGCUGCGACAAGGAAAUGCCAGCUGACAAGAUGGAAUUGGCACAGAGCCUUUGUGAGAGCAUCCACCUCUGCGGCCAUCCGGAAGCCCCGUGCAAGUACUACCCCAAGAAGAAGACCUGCGCGCGAAAGAGGUUGUCCUGCGCCUCCUGCAACACCUACUACCCGAUCAGUGAGAAGCGGGACGCCUGCGAGGAUUUCUCAUUGUGCUACACCCGCGGCAAUGCCAGAAUGUCGAAUGCUCGUUGCGAGUUUGACGAGGGCCAAUGCGUCGACGGCGUCGGCACGAAGGGCUACCCGUAG